AUGGAUGACAAGGUGAUUCUUGCAUUCCUCCCUGGGGCCGCGCAAGGCAUCACGACGGUCGUGCUGGGGCACCCGCUCGACACCGCCAAGACACGCAUGCAGGCACUGGGGCCCGGGGCGAGCCGCUUCUUCCUGCGGACGUCGUGGAACAUGGUCCGGGAGGAGGGUGUGCGGAGUUUGUACCGCGGCGUCACGCCGCCGCUAGUGAUGUCGGCAACAAAACGCAGCCUACAGUUCGCUCUGUGGGACACCUUUCGCUACCACGACGCCCAUAAAGAGCCGAUGUUGGCCUCUUCAUCCCAUGGCAGCACUCUCCUCUCGCGGGCUUUCGGGUGGGUGGGCGCCUCGCCAUUUCGCGCCGGGGCUUUCGCGGGCGGCGUAGGCACGUUUAUUGGCUGCCCGAUGCACGUCAUAAAGAUACGCACGCAGUUCUCGACGCAGCAUGUGACGAAGAAUGCCUGGACGUGUGCGCUGGACAUCUUGCGCACCGAAGGUCCACGCGGCUACUUCCGUGGCUUCCGGUACCACCUCCUGAAGGACACACUCUUUGCUGGUUGCUAUCUGGGCCUGUACGACGUGAGUAAGCGGUGGCUGGGCGAGUGGUGCGCGGCACCCGCGUCAGAGAAGUGGGGCACCCGCAUUGCUGCUGUGGUGGGUGGAUCACCCGAGCACCUCACAAGCCAUUUAGCAUUUCUGGCCGGGAGCAUCUCGUCCAUGGCGACGUGGACACUCCUCUACCCGUUUGACACCGUCAAGACGCUCGUGCAGGCCCGCGACAUUGGCUUCCGGGAGGUGGUGAGCAUCUUUAGGAACGAGACGGCGAUGAUGUAUCGCGGGCUUGGAGCAUCCCUCGUGAAGGCUGGCCCCGUGUGCGGCGUCGCGAUGGUGGUGUACGAGCUGGUGAAGAGCAAGACAGAGGCGCUGUAG